AUGGGUCUCUUAACCUGUUUCUGUCUUCUUUUGCAGGUCUUCUCUUUAAGCACAGUGCAAGCUCUUUCCUUGACCAGAGAUACCAUUGAUCAAUCAUCGACUAUUGAGACUCUCGAAUUUUCGCAAGAUCCCCACACAAUCACUGGCGCUUCUUCAUUCCAGGUAGAAUUCGAGGUACCACAUGAGAAACAACACAUCACAUUAAAUUUACAACCAUCUCGAAAUAUUUUAUCACGCCUCACGACCAUCGAGCAUAUCAAAUCCUCGCCUAAUAACGAGGCCAUCGCGGACUUGAGGAGCGGACCCCCAUUAUUAUACAGGGGAGCAGCUUUUGUUAACGAUGCCGAGAAGCAGACACAAAGAAGAGUAGGAUGGGCACGAGUUAUGGUCAGAUUCCGACAAGGCCGACACAUUAUUGAGGGCACCUUCACGAAUGACGGAAUGUAUCAUCAUAUUUCACUGGAUUCAAAUUAUCGCCAGGCACGACAGCAAGGCAGUGAGCGACAGGAAGGACCACAGAAGAUGGUAGUCUGGAGGGAGUCACACGACGACAGUAAUAGUAUUAUUGCGCAGAGGUCUUCCCCACAGGCUUCGACGUGUGAAGCCCAACGAUUCGACGAUCGACGUCGCCACGAAGGAGCAUUUGGGGGCGAACAAACAGACGAAUCACACAGUCCCACGCUUGGGCAUACUCGAAGACAAACACCAAACGACUGGUUCGAUCCCGCUGACUACAUCGGAUCGACCGACGGAUGCCCCUCAUCGAGGAGAGUCGCGUUGAUAGGAAUCGCAGCCGACUGCUCAUACACAGCAGAGUUCAACUCUAUGCAGGACGCUCGGGACAAUAUCAUCUCUCAAGUCAAUGUCGCUUCGCAGCUCUAUGAAGAUACCUUCAAUAUCGCUCUGGCAAUCCAAAACCUGACAAUUAGCGAUCCGUCUUGCCCGUCAACUGCCCCCAGCUCAAUGCCCUGGAACCUUGGGUGUACCGCGAACGUCGAUAUCAGUGAGCGCCUGAACCUAUUUACUCGAUGGAGAAGUAGAUUACGCGAUAAUAACGCUGUUUGGUCUUUAAUGACUGCGUGCAGAAGUGGUAACACUGUUGGGAUAGCCUGGAUCGGAAGUCUAUGCAACAGAUCACGGGGAUCAUCAUGGCGAGGCGGUGGUGUUGGAUCAGCAAACGUGGUGGUUCGUACAGCAGCCGAAUGGCAAGUCUUUGCGCACGAACUGGCGCAUAACUUUGGAGCAGCCCAUGAUUGCACAUCCAGCGACUGUGGGACUACCGGUUAUUCCCGGUCCGACAAUUGCUGCCCACUGAGUCAAUCGACCUGCGAUGCCCGCAACCAAUAUCUCAUGAACCCACAGAGCUCACCCGGCCUUGAGGAGUUUUCGCCCUGCACCAUCGGCGCUAUCUGCACCGGCAUAGGACAAGAUCAAAUUGAUACGAGCUGCCUAGUAAGCGAGGACGAUGUCCCUGAUGUCAACGACAGUGAGUGUGGCAAUGGGAUCGUGGAGCCUGGCGAGACGUGCGACUGUGGCGGUGAGAAUGGGUGCCCAACGGACUCUUGCUGUAAUCCCUCUACAUGUCAGUUACGAAAUGGCGCAGAAUGUGAUCCAGCAACAGACGGAUGUUGCACCGACGAAUGCCGAGUUGCUCAGAGCGGCCUAGUCUGCAGAGAGAGCACAUCGGAUUGUGACCCGGAGGAGACAUGCGAUGGGAGUUCAAGCCAAUGCCCCAUCGACGAGCAGAAUUGUGACGAAGAUGAAGAUUCUAGAACCAAUGGAUCCGGAGGGAGCUGGGUCGACAAUAACCGGACAGUUAUCAUUGCGACUUCAGCUUCUGUUGGCGGGUUUGUAAUCCUGUUGGCGCUUUGUCUAGUCUGUUCCUGCAUUCGAAAGAGGAGGAGGAGACAAAAGGGUACUCAACUUCAGAGUGGUAGUUUUAGCGACGGGUUAAAUGCCCCAGCACUUGGGAACACUGGAGGAGUUACUCAAAUGCCGAGUGCACCGCCCUUGGUACAUAGAUACGCAUAG